UUCAGCCAUUUAGUUACCCAAUGGAUGCUCGGUGCGCUUAUUCAGUGACCAAUCGGAGGGUAGCCUAAUCUUUUAAUUCUAAGAGUUAAAUACCACGAAAAACGUUUUAUCAGCGCAAUUUACAUCAAUUAGUUUAUUAGCCUAGUGUGCGAUGCGCUUGUGCGAUCUGUAAAGCUUCAUUUUGGUCAACAAGUGGUUGGCACGAUCAACUGAGACAGAUUCCAGGUUUUUGUCAGCACACAGGGGCAGCAGCUCGACAUGCUAUCGGGUAUGCGGGUCUGUGUGCCCUCCGCUGUAGCGCUAUUCGGCUCGUUGUGCCAUGGCUGUCGCAGCUGGGCGCGUAGUUUGUCAUUCCGGAGUUUUAGUUGGUCGCCCCGAAAGAUCAGCCGGUGGAACAGUCAAGAUUCCAUUGACCUACCUCCUGCGGAGAACCCACGAAUUCUCAUCACAGGUGGCCUUGGACAGUUAGGUGUGGGGCUUGCAGAAAUCCUGAGGAAACAGUACGGAACAGAAAACGUUAUCCUAUCGGAUAUCAAGAAGCCUCCACCAGAAGUGUGCAGAAGUGGCCCAUUUGUGUAUGCUGAUGUGUUGGACUAUAAGAACCUCAGAGAGUUGGUGGUGAAUAACCGCAUCACCUGGCUGGUGCAUUACAGCGCUCUACUCAGUGUUGUGGGAGAGGCCAAUGUGGCCCUAGCACGCAAGAUCAAUAUCACAGGGCUUCAUAAUGUGCUGGACCUGGCUCUGGAGAGCUGUUUACGUCUCUUUGUCCCCAGCACCAUCGGAGCCUUUGGCCCUUCUUCUCCCCGUGACCCUGCACCUGACCUGUGUGUCCAGAGGCCUCGCACCAUUUAUGGGGUGUCCAAAGUGCAUGGCGAACUGAUGGGGGAGUAUCUUCAUCACAAGUAUGGACUGGACUUCCGCUGCCUACGCUAUCCUGGCGUCAUCUCAGCUAACACCCAGCCUGGGGGAGGAACAACAGACUAUGCUGUCCAGAUUUUUCAUGAUGCCCUCAGCACGGGUCACCACGAGUGCUAUUUACGCGCUGACACACGUCUGCCGAUGAUGCAUGUUGGUGACUGCCACCGUGCGACUGUGGAGUUCAUGCAGGCCCCGGAAUGCCAGCUGUCGCUGCGCACAUACAACAUCGAUGCCAUGAGCUUCACCCCUGAGGAAGUGGCCACGGAAAUCCGCAAGCACCUGCCCCACCUUAAGGUCACCUAUAACCCUGACUCUGUCCGCCAGACAAUUGCGGACAGCUGGCCGGUGAGGUUUGAUGACUCCAACGCGCGGAGAGAUUGGGGCUGGAAGUCGACAUAUGGGCUUGAGGAGCUCGUCUCAGACAUGCUGAGCUCCAUCCGUGACAAGAGGACCAACGCCGGACUGCCAGUCAGCUAGCAGGUCCCGCCCACAGAGUGAUCUACCAAUCACUAUUCCCUUAAGUCCGCUUCAGCCUGGGUGUGCCUAUCACAACAGACCCUCUUUCCUUAGCAUCAUCUCCAAACCAGGACUCUUCUGUAAAUCAGGAUAAUAUUACACCAAUAAACCAGGGACUAUUUUCAAACCUGUCAUCUUCAGCCAGAACCACUCAACUUUCCACAACAGUGGACACUGACACCACAGACACAAACACACACACACACAAGUAAAAGGCAACAAGCACACACACUCAUAAUAGCAGCUUUACUAUUUUCAGGGAACCAUACUGUCAACCAUUCUCUUCUGUUGUGACUGUCUUCAGUUUCUGUUGUUUUAAACGUGAUAGAGAAUUUUAAUAUCAUAGCAGGUUUAACAUAGGCCUUAAACGUCUGGGGGAAAUAGGCUUCAGGCAAAUUAUUUUACAUAUAGUUAGUCAUAAACCUACCUUCAGUUUCCAGUAUCUCAAGGAGUUUAAUUUACAUUUUACAUUUACAGUACGUCAUUUAGCAGACAGUCUUAUCCAGAGCGAUUUACAGUUAGUGCAUUCAUCUUAACAUAGCUAGGGGAGACAACCACAUAUCACAGUCAUAGUAAGUACAUUUUUCCUUAAUAAAGAAGUUAUCAGCAAAGUUAGUGCUAAUAGGAAAUGUUUCUCCUUGCCUGCUGUAUUAGGGUAGUAUAGAGGGCACAGUGACUUCCUUCCUGGCUUGCUGCGUUAGGGUAAUAUAGAGGGAACAGUGAAAUGACACAGGAGCAGUGAGAGAUAUAGGGACAACUAUCAGAAGAAAUAGAAAAUCCACAAUGUUUACAAAAGGCCUGCCUUUACAACACAACUUCAGUACAUUUUCAAACAUCUCCAUAUUUCUUUACAGUCAGUGUGAUUUUGGGUACAAAUGGGUACCAAAUAAAUUCAGAAUUGAAGCCUUAUUUUUAAUUGACAACUAAUUAGAAAUAUAUUUGUGAGUAAUGAACAAAAUUGCAGUGUACUUUUAAUCAUAAAUUGAAUAAAUCUCUUAAUUUGCUCA